CGUGGUAACCUGGGCGUGUGCAGUAUACUGUACAUACGGUCAUCGCUUCCUUCCGUUCAUAUACGCGGUUAUAUACCCUUAGAUACGCGCCGACAGACGCCCCAACAUGGCUGACAACGGCUCAGAUAUAAUCGCCUACCCUUUCGAGUACCAGCUACCGUUUGAGAAAGAUUUUAACGAAAAGGCGGCUCUACAGUGGAUGGGCGAAAACUGGACCGCUGCCUUCUCCUACGCCAUUUUGUACGUGGUUCUGGUGUUCGGCGGCAGAUAUUUCAUGCAGAAUCGGGAGAAGUUUGAUCUGAGGUUGCCCCUGACGGUCUGGAGUAGCGCUCUGGCCGUCUUCUCGACUCUGGGCGCUCUGAGAAGCGCGUACGACUUGUGGUUCAUCCUGAAGGUUCGCGGGUUCCAGUUCUCGGUGUGCGACUCUCGGUUCUACCACGAGCCCGUCCUGGACUUCUGGGCGUUCUACUUCACCUACAGCAAGCUGCCCGAGCUCGGCGACACGGCAUUCAUCGUUCUCCGCAAGCAGAAGCUGAUCUUCCUUCACUGGUACCACCACAUCACGGUCCUGCUGUACGCCUGGUACAGCUACAAGGACACGCUCGCCGCCGGGCGCUGGUUCUACUGCAUGAACUUCACGGUCCACGCGCUCAUGUACACGUACUACGCCAUCCGCGCCGCGGGGUACCGCGUGCCGCGCUCGUACGCGAUGGUGAUCACGAUCGCGCAGACCACGCAGAUGGUCAUGGGCUGCGUCGUGAACUACACGACAUAUGCGGCGCUGGAGAGCGGGGACGCCUGCGACUCGACCUACGACAACAUCGUCUGGUCCUCCAUCAUGUACUUCUCCUACUUCCUGCUCUUCGCGCACUUCUUCUACGACGCGUACAUGCGCAAACCGCCUGCGAAACCGCCCGUCCAGCCGCACCAGAACGGACUCAAACAUCUCACCGGGAAGGAAAACGGCAUCCAUGCGGGGAAACAGGAGCACGGAGCGUGGAAAACUAACGGGAUCAAGCGGGAUUAACUUCUAGUGUAAAAACUUUGUGUUAAAUUUGGUCGUUCUUCUGGGUAGCCAUUUAACCACACGGUAGUUCACGUUCGUUUGUCUGUGUGUCAAUUAAUUAGGUAAUUAAUUAAUUUAUUGAAUUAUUUGUGUCAAAGAAGUCCUAACUCUGAAUUACUGUGUGGAAAAUGGUGGCGUGAUCAAGCUCAAAAGUGCAACAAUGUGCACCUAAUGACAAUAUUAAUUAGCAAAUUAACAAGCUAAUUAAGGGUUCUAUGGUCCCUCUUCUCUUACUCUGGCUGUAAGGAGAAUAUUCUUAUUAACCAGAUAAUCAUGUGUAAGAACUCCCCGUCAUCCAACACCCCCCUUCUAUUCAGACGAGUCAAAAUUUUGUCCUGCAAUUUGGAAACACUUUCUGCAAAUACACAAGCCUCCAUACUACAACCUUCAAUUUGCAGAUUGUAAGAUUUUUCUUCUGCAAUAUUGUAAAUCUCUCUGCGAAAAUUAAAAUGCAGAAUGCAGAUGUGUGUUUGAAUCCUAGAAACCAAAAAAUAAGAUGUUGUGGCCAGGUAAGAUGUUGGACUGUGCCCAGCCUUACGUUACGUAAGGUGACACGGUCCAAAGGUUCGCUGUUCUGUGCAGCUGCAAUGCAGAUGACGAUAUUUCAGGUCAUCUAACCGCCCUGGUCAAGAACCAAAGUCCACUCCAUGGUCCACUCUCUAUCUAAUAAUAGAUAAACUGCCCACUACUUCAGGCAUCCUGUCAAUCAUUUUGUUUGGUGAAACGUGAUUGGUCAGAGUCAUUAUGAUUGGCGGCUGACUGGAAGCCUGAUAUAUAUGUUACCAUGGUAACAAAAAUCUUGAGAGAUGGAAAGAGGACAAUGACCUCUGGUAGUACUGUAUGCAUGGAGACUGGCAAAGGCUUUUAUGAACACCGUAUACACAAAUAUUGUAGUAGAGUCACCUGCUAUAACUACUGUAUACAUGGAAAUUGUUGCAGAACCAGAUUAAUCCAAAGGUGUGCCGUGUACAUAAAUAUUGUGGCACCUUUUUUAACUGUAAUGUAAUAAUGAAUAUUGCAGGGAAUAUAUGCAGCUAAUAUAAUAAGGGAGGUGUCCAACACACAUGUAUAUGCUGUUGAUAUAUGCAUGUUCUGAUGUACUUGGCUAAACUGUAUUUAUGACAUUGUGACUAAUGUUAGGCGAGGCUGCACCAAUUUAAUUACUUGGUUCUCGGACAAAGUAAAAAGUCAGCUGGAUGAAAAAAAGAGAGGAAAGCUGGAGUAUGACUGUAUUCAUGCCUUGAAACUGUGCUUUGCUAUCAGAGAAUGUUAGUAUCUUCCAGCUCACCAAAUUUUUUCUUUACAUCCGAAAACCGGCAAGUUGAGUUGGUGUGGCCUGUGGUACACGUGCAUGUCUGGUCAAAGGUCAAACAGAAAGGUCAAGGAAUGUAGGAGACGUGCACAUCUGCACGCAGCAGGGAUCCGGCCGACCUCCAGGUCAGACACAAAGGUCGGAGAAAGUCCAGCCCCAUAAAAUCUGCAUCAGCAGCAAAAAUCAGUGACCAGGGCAAAGGUCAAGGGUGUUUUGUUACUGUGGACUGGCCUGGGUGUGAUAGAAUUACCUUGCCUAGGUGAACCACCAGUGUACACUCACUAAGGACGUUCCUGUAUGUCCUUGACCUUGAGACCACUAAUGAUGUAGUAGCCAUGUUGGGGAGGGGGGCACACGCGUCCUGCUGUACCAAUGACUGCUGGGAUGUCGUACAGCAGAGGUGUCAGGACCAUGUUCGGAACAGGGGAGGCCAUGUUGGGGAGGGGGGCACACGCGUCCUGCUGUACCAAUGACUGCUGGGAUAUCAUACAGCAGAGGUGCCAGGACCGUGUUCGGAACGGGAGGCCAUGUUGGGGAGGGGGGCACACAAGGGCAGAACUGCAGAAAGUGUUUCUGCCUCCUCUGAUAACUUCUAAAAAGAUUAACUACGUCCUAACUUGUAAAUACUGGUAAUUUAAGAUCACUUUAAGGAACUAAUCUAUGAGUAUGAUGGGUGCUCACUACAUCACCUAACAGGUCAAUUGCACUUUGACCUCACUGUCUUUCAGGUGCAAUGCAUGAUGGGAUAUUUUUGUCUUUGAGAUUAUUUCAUUCCAAAUGAUUAUUUUUUCUAAUUGGUGUCAAAAUGUUUGUUUUGUUUGUUUCAUUUAUACAUGACAUGGAAUUUUGUGUUAAUUUUGUACAAUGGAUGGACAUCCAAAGUUUGUCAUGUGUCGUGUCUGGUGUUGUUUUAAGUUUUGUUGGGUUUGCUUGUUUUCUUUUUCCCAUUCCAGUAAAAGAAUUGAAGAAGAAACCACUGCCUUUGUACAAAAAACUGCUGUUUAAAGUGCUACACAAACCGCUACAAUUAUGCAAUGUAGAAUGCAAGAAUAACUUGUAAUUUUUAAACUAGUAUGAGCAUGUAGUAAUGAUACAUGAGAUGGCACGGUGAGAUUUGUAUUGAUGUCCACAAUUAGUGUAAGAAGGACUGUAACUCCUGAUCUGGUAUUUCUUGGUUGCAGAAUUGUUGAGUCCAUGGAACUUUUGCCUGGUGCCCAAAAAAUGUUCUUAGUUUUUACCUUCAAUAGAUUUGAAACACUUAAUAUAUGUAUCACAAAACAAACCUGUAUUCAUAAAAAAUCGACUUAGACUUGAGAUCACAAAGAGAACAGGCAAAGUUUCUGUGGAUUCAACUUGAAAUUGACUAAUCGUAACUCCAGCCGCUCAGAAACUAAUUCAGGCUAAACCAAUGGUAAGAAUUAUUGGAGAAAAAUUCUAAGUGAUGCAGGAAGCAAAAACAUCUCCAAACGAAGAAUUGUAUGUAAAAUAGACUGUAUCCAUGGUAACUGCUAAUAGUGAACAAUCAUGAUGUAAUGCUGAAAUAGUGACAAUGUUUCUUUAAUAAUUGUGCAACAGACUGACUGCAAUUCAACACUGGUUACUUCAACUUCAAAAAGAAAUUCAGGAUUUUCCGCGAAUAUAUCUCUACAUGCAAAAACAGAAAUGAAAUUUGAUCUGUAUGAAGUAAAGUUAGGCUUAUGAGAUGGUGGUCUUGAAAUUUGAUAUGUUGCUUUAGAAGUUUGAAGUGACCAGUGUGAAAUUCAGGAAACCUCCAAAAUUUGCUGAUAAUCUCUGCCUGUGCAAUCCGUAACCUAGGCAACAACUUGGGCUGUUACCUAGGAGACCGCUCAGCUGUGUAACCAAGGAGACCGCUCUAGGUGUGCAACCCUAUCUCUGAGACCACUAACGGUGUAACCUAGGGAACCACUCAAUAUAACCUAGGAGACUGCUCUGUGUAACCUAGGUAACCACUCUGUAACCCAGGGAACCACUCUGUGUAACCUUGGUAACCACUUUGUGUAACCAAGGAGACAGCUCUUUGUAACCUAGGAGACCGCUCUGUGUAACCAAGGUAACCAUUUUGUCUACCCAUACCAAGGGAACCACUGUGUGUAACCUAGGUAACCACUGUGUAACCUAGGAGACCACUCUACCUAUGUUUCACUGUUGUGCAGGCUUUUCGCUCAGGAACUUCCCAGCCAUGACUAAAGCAUGUCUGUGUAGUUUAUAUAUAUAGUGACUAGUGAAAACUGUGCAUGGUGUUGCUCUACAUACUGACAAUGGAAUAAACGGCACUGAUCUGGCUAAGCAGA